GUCUCAUCCCAGCCAUCCCAAUUUCGGCCCCGUUCGAAGCCCAUCGGCCCACCUGCGGUCUGCCAUUCAAGCAUUCGCCAUGGCCGCGGAGGCGGCCGGCCGACGGGGGGCGGCGGCGCGGAGGAAGGCGAAGGAGGCCGCGGUGGGCGCCGUCGCGAGGGUGCUCUUCUACCCGACGCUGCUGUACAACGUGGUGCGGAGCAAGGCCCAAGCUGAGUUCCGGUGGCGGGACGAGGUCGAUCAGUUCAUUUUGCUUGGAGCGGUUCCAUUUCGCAGGGAUGUUUUACGCUUGCAGAAGCUUGGGGUACAUGGUGUGAUAACCUUAAAUCAACCAUUUGAGACUUUGGUACCAUCAUCAAUGUAUCAGUCACGUGGGAUUGAUCACCUUGUUAUUCCUACAAGAGAUUAUAUGUUCGCUCCUUCACUUGUGGAUAUUAAUCAAGCUGUUGAUUUCAUUCAUAGAAAUGCAUCUUCUGUGAAAGUAACAUAUAUUCACUGCAAAGCUGGAAGGGGCCGAAGUACAACAAUUGUCUUGUGCUAUCUGGUGAAGUACAAGAAGAUGGCACCUGAAACAGCUUUUGAAUAUGUACGAUCUAAAAGAGCUCGAGUGCUGUUGACACGUUCGCAAUGGAAGGUGGUUCAAGAAUUCCGCAAGAAGAACACUGAGAUUCCUGCUGUAACAAGCAAUUCCGCAACAGCAUCUCCAGCAGGGGAUGCCGUACAGGUAACAGAAGCAGAUUUGGAUGGCAAUGAUGUCCCAGUGGCUAUUACAGAGGAUGCCAGCUUGUCUUGCCAGAAGACUACCCCGUCAAGGCCAAUGAUUAAGAUGCUGUCAUGUUUGUUUCCUUCUCGGAUCUGAUGGAUGAUCACUGGCCAUUGGGUGUUCGAGGUGCGUGCAUGUUCUCCCCAUGACCAGUUUACGAGUGAAGUGGUGUGCAGAUCUGCAAGGACGGCAGCUGCCAUCAGCAUAAUAUUUCGGGAGUCAUAAAAUUGUCCAUAUUCAUCCACUUUGCCUGUGUAUAUUUCAUCAUUUUAUUUUGAAACGAUAUGUACCUUCUUCAUGAGAAAUUCAUUGUUUGGACCUCUGACGAUUUUUUAUAGGAGCCAAAAUGGUUGCAGGACAGCCAAAAAUUUGCAUUGAGCAAUAACCUGUGGAACUGUUUUACAAA